AUGGCAAUCGGGGCGAAUAUGGGGAAUUCCGUACCCGAUCCCCGAAACCGAACCCCUACCCAUAUUCGCCCCGAUACCCGAACGGGUAGAGGAGUGGUGAACCAUAACCGAACCAAACGGGGUUCAGCUCCAGAGGAUAGGAUGAUCAUGCCAGAAAUGGGUCACAUCAUAGCAUCCAUUUUUCAGGUGAUGGUCGUCUUCUUAUCGAAUCAUCAAUGUCUUACGUUCCUCCCACUACAAUAUCCGCCCCUUCCCCCUGAGAGUCGACGUUUGAUUGCGAUCGGACAUGUUAAUGGAGAUCACUUUGUAACGGUACAUUUGCGACCGAAUUCCCCCAUCCCGCCUAUUGCAAGGAAUUGGUAUAUACAUCACUACUCAUUCGCGGAUGGAUGGGAUACACAAUAUUCAAACAAGAUCGAAGAGUUUAAAAGCAUAGUGGGGAACGAUGUGGCAAAGACAGACAUAAUUGAACUAGACUAG